UUCACAACUUCCUGCUGUUUCUAAGUCACUCUCUCUAGCUAGAUCUCUCUCUCUCACACACACAAAAUGGCACCGGGCCAUUCGCCGUGUGCAUCAUGCAAAUUACUUAGAAGACGAUGUGCUAAGGACUGCAUUUUCGCACCCUACUUUCCCUCUAACGACCCACACAAGUUUGCCAUUGUUCACAAAGUCUUCGGUGCUAGCAACGUUAGCAAGAUGUUACAGGAGCUUGAAGUUCAUCAAAGAGGGGAUGCAGUUAGCAGCCUAGUUUACGAAGCGAAUGCAAGAAUGAGAGACCCAGUGUAUGGAUGUGUAGGGGCAAUUUCGUACUUACAGAACGAGGUUUCACAGUUGCAAACACAGCUAGCCAUGGCUCAAGCCGAAAUACUAUGCAUCCAAAUGCAACAAGAGCCACUUGUGCCCUCACCCACACUGGCCGCAUCAGUUCUCAAUAGUUUGGUCCCGGUUCAGUACCCUACUCGCACAACAGACGAUGUCGUUUCAAGGGUUUCUUCAGAUGAUGAUGUAUCAUAUCCAUAUCUACACAACAUGACCACUAAUCAUCAUCAUCAUAAUGAUCAACACUUUAAUUUUAUUACUAGCAGUGUGAUUCAGUAUGAGAAUGUAAAGAGAGAAUCUUCUUCUCUUUGGGCAUGAUGAUGAAUAAACAUGAUUAGAUUGGUUCAAUUAUUAAAGAACUAGUUUUUUAAUCUCAAAUACUAUUGACUUUUUAAAGUCUUCAUAUAUAUUU